AUGGAGUGCAGCCACACAGAGGCCAAUGUGGAAGGCAUGAAAUGGACAUGCGAUCUUUACAGAGAAAACCCUGGAGAUGAUGCUAUGGAUGAUGAACAAAAGGUUUACCAGAAAUGGGUCAAGGCUGAUGAGAUGGCGCGGUGUAACAUUCUGGCAUCUAUGUCAAAUGUUCUGCAAUAUCAGCAUCAGUCAAUGGAGUCUGCUUAUGACAUUCUGGAAAAUCUCAAAGAAAUGUUUGGAGAUCAGAAUCGUGGGGCUAAGCAGACUGCCAUGAAAGCUCUUCUAAAUACCAAAAUGGUCCUUGGAGCUAACAUUGAUAAGGAUACGCAGGUUGAAAUGAUCAUGCAGACUCUGUCUGCUAGUUUUCAGCAGUUUCGCAUAAAUUAUAACAUGAACAAAAUGGAUUUGUCACUUGCAAAAUUGCUGAAUGAGUUGCAGUCAGUAGAGACUAUUAUCAAGCAACAAGCUCCUCCUGUGGCAUUGAAUUUUGAGGCAGGUUCUGCUUCUAAGUUGAGUGGAGGUCAGAAGAAGAAAAAGACUCAAAAAUCCUCUGUUGGUGGCGCAACUGCUGGUGUGAAAAAGGCUAAGGGCAAGUGCUAUCACUGCAAGUAG